AUGCCCAACACAAGCCUACGGAGGCCACAAAAAGGUUUCCGUCGAGGCGGCAAAAGUGCAUAUCACGGUCAACGGAUUCGUACGUUUGCGGCUACGUCAAGAGCAGAAGGGACUUCGGCGGAUGAAAAAUGGGAACGGACACGGCUCGCUCAAACGAUAGACGAAAACUUCGGUUUCGGAAGAUACGACAGUGGAAAGAAGAAGGAAGGAUGGCUCGUCAAUGUUCAGCCUACCGCCAUCGAAGAUGAGAGGCUUCCCGGCGGAAGGGCAGCACUUGACUGCUACUUCAUUGAACAUGAUGGCGCGACGUUCAAGGCGACUGUCGAAUACGACCCCUACUUUCUGAUUGCCGUCAAAAAGGGCCACGAAUCCGAGGUAGAGGAAUGGGUCAGGCGAGUCCCUGGAGAUGGUUGUACCAAAACCAUUCGGAGAGUCGAAAAGGAUGAUUUGAAAAUGCCUAACCACCUGUUGGGUUAUCGGCGGACCUUCCUGGAACUCAAGUUUGCCAAUGUUCAAGAUCUCAUGGCUGCUAGGAGGGACAUCAUGCCUGUGGCUGAGAAGAACAAGAAGAACAUGAAUGCCAUGGACGCAUAUGCUGAAGUCAUUACAGCCAGUGGCAACUUUGACCUUUUCGACGACGAUUUACGAACUGACGAACGAACGAAUAACUCAUUCGCUGAGGCGAGUGACUACAUUGUUGAUAUUCGCGAAUAUGAUGUACCCUACCAUGUGAGAGUAAUGAUAGACCUUGGUGUGUUUCCUUCCGUUGUUCUGUUGGUUAAUCGCCAUAUUGACAAUGCGGCAGAUAUCCGAGUUGGCAAAUGGUACUAUGUUGAGGUGAAGCACGGAAUAACCAAAAUUUUGCCCAACGAAGAUCGAUCACUUCCGGCGGAUCCAGUUGUUCUGGCAUUCGACAUCGAAACAACCAAACUUCCCCUGAAGUUUCCCGACGCUGCCAUUGACCAGAUCAUGAUGAUUUCAUACAUGAUUGAUGGUCAAGGGUUUCUCAUCACCAAUCGGGAAAUAAUUUCCGAAGACAUUGGCGACUUUGAUUACACCCCAAAGCCAGAGUAUCCAGGCCCGUUUAUGAUCUUCAACGAACCCAAUGAGAAGGCUGUUAUUGAGCGAUUCUUCCUUCACGUGAAAGAAGCCAGACCAACUGUUAUUGCCACUUACAACGGCGACUUCUUCGAUUGGCCUUUUGUCGAAGCGAGAGCGAGCGUUAAUGGAAUCGACAUGUACCAAGAAAUAGGGUGGAAGAAGGACAGCGAAGACCAAUUCAAAUGUAAUUACGGCGUUCACAUGGACUGUUUCCACUGGGUCAACCGUGACUCGUAUUUGCCACAAGGUUCUCGUGGUUUGAAGGCUGUCACGGUAGCCAAGUUAGGAUAUGACCCCGACGAACUCGACCCGGAAUUGAUGACGCCCUAUGCCAGUGAAAGACCACAAACCCUGGCGGAAUACUCGGUGUCUGAUGCUGUUGCUACGUAUUUCUUAUACAUGAAAUACGUACACCCUUUCAUCUUCUCUCUUUGUACCAUUCUUCCCUUGGGUGGUGACGAUACACUCAGAAAGGGUACCGGAACCCUGUGUGAGAUGUUGCUCAUGGUCCAGGCGUACCAAAAGGAAAUCGUGCUGCCUAACAAGCACCAGUCCCCCAAAGAAGCAUUUUGGGAUGGUCAUCUUCUGGAUUCGGAGACAUAUGUUGGAGGACACGUCGAGAGUAUCGAGGCAGGCGUCUUCCGAGCGGACAUUCCAGCAGACUUUGCCGUUGACACAGGUGCUAUUGACGAACUGCUGCGCGACAUAGAUGCCGCGCUAGAGUUUGUCAUCACCGUGGAGGAGAAGAAGUCGCUGGAUGACGUGGAGAACUACGAGGAAGUCAAGGAGCAAAUUGUUGCUAAGCUGAUGAAGCUCAAGGAAACACCAAAUCGACAGGAACGACCACUCAUUUAUCAUCUAGACGUCGCAUCCAUGUAUCCUAACAUCAUGACAACGAACCGCCUACAACCGGAUUCUAUGAUUGAUGAGUCGGACUGUGCGGCUUGCGAUUUCAAUCGACCGGGAAAGACGUGCGACCGAAGACUGCCCUGGGCCUGGAGGGGUGAGUAUCUUCCCGCCAAGCGAGACGAGUACAACAUGAUUCGACAUGCUCUGGAGAAUGAGAAGUUUCCCGGCAAAACACCACAUGCGCCAAUGCGCGCAUUCGGGGAUCUGAGCGCCGACGAGCAGGCUUCCCUAGUGCGCAAACGACUACAACUAUACUCGCAAAAGGUGUACCACAAAAUCCACGAUUCCACUACCAUUGUACGUGAGGCCAUCAUUUGUCAGAGAGAAAAUCCGUUUUACAUCAACACCGUGCGAGACUUCCGUGAUCGACGAUACGACUACAAGGGAAAGGCCAAAGUAUGGAAAGGCAAAACCGAGUCACUCAAAUCGUCUGGCGCAAAUGCAAGUGAGGUAGACGCGGCCAAGAAGAUGAUCAUCUUGUAUGAUUCUCUGCAGCUGGCGCACAAAGUCAUUCUGAAUUCCUUCUAUGGCUACGUCAUGAGAAAGGGCUCGCGAUGGUAUUCCAUGGAAAUGGCUGGCGUUACGUGUCUGACGGGCGCGACCAUCAUUCAACUGGCACGAAAACUUGUGGAGCGGCUGGGAAGACCUCUGGAACUUGACACAGAUGGUAUUUGGUGCAUGUUGCCGGCGACAUUUCCCGAAAACUUCUCCUUCAAGUUGAAAAACGGCAAAAAGCUCGCCGUCUCAUAUCCCUGUGUCAUGUUGAAUCACCUUGUUCACGACAAAUUCACGAAUCAUCAGUAUCAGACGCUCGCGGACCCGAAAACAUUCAAGUACGAAACUCACAGCGAGAACUCCAUCUUCUUCGAAGUCGACGGUCCCUACAGAGCAAUGAUUUUGCCAACGUCAAAGGAGGAAGAUAAGAACCUGAAGAAGCGGUACGCAGUCUUCAAUGACGACGGUAGUCUCGCUGAGCUGAAAGGGUUCGAGGUCAAGAGACGUGGCGAACUCAAGCUUAUCAAGAUCUUUCAACAACAAAUCUUCAAGUUCUUCCUGGAAGGUGAGGAUCUGACACAGUGCUACGGGGCCGUCGCCAAAGUUGCAAAUCGAUGGCUUGAUGUGCUGCACAACAAGGGGUCGACCUUGGCGGACGAGGAGCUCAUGGAGUUGAUUUCGGAGAACCGAAGCAUGUCCAAGACGCUAGAGGAGUACGGUUCGCAGAAAUCGACCAGCAUCACCACGGCCAAACGCCUUGCCGACUUCUUGGGCGAGCAAAUGGUAAAGGACAAAGGUCUCAAUUGCAAAUUCAUCAUCUGCUCGCGGCCACGCAAUGCUCCAGUCACUGAGCGUGCCGUCCCGGUUGCCAUCUUCUCGGCCGAAGAGUCAAUCAAGAGGACGUAUCUGAAGAAGUGGCUCAAGGAGGAGCCCGCGGACACGGAUCCAAGAGCCCUCCUGGACUGGGAUUACUAUCUAGAGCGUCUUGGUUCCGUUAUUCAGAAGCUCAUCACCAUCCCCGCCGCUCUGCAAAGGGUCCGAAAUCCAGUCCCGAGAGUGCCUCAUCCCGAUUGGCUUCAGAGACGUAUCAACAUCAAGGAUGACAAGAUGAAGCAAAAGAAAUUGACGGAUUUGUUUGCGAAGGAGCCCCUCGGAGACAUCACAAAUAUCAAUGGAUCCCGAAUGGAGGACCUGGAGGACUUUGGAAGCAGGCUCCUGAAGCCAAAGCAGGUCAGCACGGCGAUUUCCUCUUCGCAACCUGCACCGACGGCUCAGAAACGUAAAUCCCCGGGACCUGCCGAGGACACGGACCCCAUGGCUGCAUUGCCCAAGGUCAUGCCGAGUCCGUCGGAAGACUACCCUGCCUUUUUGAAGUAUCAGAAGCAGAAAUGGAAGCUGCAGAAGCAGGCUCGUACUCGCAGGCGGCAAUUGUUUGGCGACAGGAGAGGCCUGACCGGCAACAACAACAUUCAGCAGUCAUUCAUGAAACAAGCCCACAUCACCUUUAUGAAUACAUGGCAGCUGCUUCACCUGCAGCCCACCGACAGUCCUGGCGUCGUCACUGCUCAUGUUUUGAUUGAUGCCAAAAUUCACACUUUGAAAAUCAAUGUUCCUCGACAAGUCUUUUUGAACCUCAAGGGCAGCGAGCUCCCCGACGUUGAUGUCGCUGGCUGUGACGUCGAGCAGGUCAACUACACGCUUCCGAACGGCCACGCGUCAAGCCAUCUCUUUAAGCUUACGGUUCCAGAGGACGUGUACUUUGGCGAGACGGCCAAAUUCUCCCUGCUGUUCAAUCACCCCAGCGUGGAGGGUGUAUACGAGAAACAAGUGCCUCUGAACAUCCGGGCCGUGCUUCGUUUGGGAAAUCAAUGCACGAUUGACGUGCAGCAGGAUGCUGUGCUCGGCAAGGGCCUGGAACAGGGCUUCGAUCUGUUUGGCCUUAAAAGACCCGUCAAGACACGCACUUACUUGGAGUCGUCUCCGCUGGCGUACAUUUAUAUUUCUCACAUCACAGCCGGUGAGCGUCAGAUCUUUGGUAUCUUUUCCACCACGUCGGACCAGGGUCACGUCAUCAUUCAGCAGAAGAACAAGGAUUCUGGUCAGGAUCUUCCCCAUGUCGGCCGGAUCUAUGGAGAGAUGCUGGCCAAACGAGCUGAAGAGGCAGCAGGCACCAACUGGCAGGACUGCUUUGCAUACCAGGAAAAGAUGACGUUCAACAUCACCCAAGUCUCCACGCGCCGCAGAGUCCAUUCCGAAAUUGGCGACGUCGUCAAGAAGAUGCGAAAGGAUGAGUCCAGACCGCAAGUGAUGGUGAUCCAGUCUUCGCAACGCAAUCUGCUGGUCCACCAUGUUCCUGUCCUGGCAGAGUUCCCCGUCUUGCCGUUGAAGUACGAUGCCACCGACAGUUCCCUCCCCCCGCUGGGCUGGCAAGCUGUCGCGGCCCGCCGGCUCGUCGGUCACUAUCUCGGCCUCGGCUCUUGGAUACUACACCUCACCGCGCUCGCGAGGUACGGCGACGUUCCUCUUUGCAACCUGGAACGGGAGGACCCUCGUUUCCUCAUCGACAUUGCCUACGCACGUCGACUACAGGCCAACGGAGUUGUGCUAUGGUGGUCGGCCGGUCCGCGCCCCGACCACGCCGGAUACGAAAAGGACGACGUCCUCGGUCCGCUGGACACGGUCCGGAUGCCCAACGUGAACAACCCGGGGACUUUUGCUUCGGUCUGCAUCGACCUCGACGUGCGGAACCUGGCCAUCAACACCCUCCUGACAUCCUCACUCAUCAACGAGCUGGAAGGGGCGGACUCGGUGUCGUUCAAUCCAAGCGCCGACGGGUCCGAGACUUUGGCCUCGGACAACGCCUUUGCCAACGCCGGCGUCCUCGUUCUCCGUGAAAUGGUCAAGGCGUGGUGGGCAGAGGCCUGCAAGGGAAGCACCAUGGCGGACGUGUUGGUCCAGCACCUGGUCCGCUGGGUCGAGAACCCCGACUCCUUCAUGUACGACCGAGCCCUGCACUACUACGUGCAGAUGAUGUCCCGAAAGGCGUUCCAGCAGCUCAUGGCGGACUUCAGGCGGGUCGGGUCGCAGGUCGUGUUCGCCAACGCCGACCGCCUGAUCCUGCAGACGACCAAGGCCGAGGUCGGCAACGCCUUCGCCUACAGCCAGUACAUCAUCAAGUCGAUCAAGAGCAAGCCCCUGUUCCACUUUAUCGAUCUCGAAAUCAAAGAGUACUGGGACUACCUGGUGUGGUACGACGAGUACAACUACGGCGGCAAAGGGUGCCGGCAGGUCGUCGAAGCGGCCGGCCAGAGCCUAGAAACCAUCAUGCACUGGCAGAUGGCCACCCUUCUCCCCGUGCGGCUGCAGCCCGUCUUCCAGGAAUGGGUCAUCGCCUUCAUACAGCUCAUGCACGACCUCAAGCGGCGGACGAGCAGCGACCCCGACUCGACGCCUCGCCCGACACAGCUGCCCGGCCGCAAGGACGGAAGCGAGGCCGGCCAGGUGCUUGCCGGGAAAGCCUACGAGAGGCCCCUCAAGAAGGCCGUUGCCGGACUGAUGAGCCAGCAGAAGCGGGAGCUCCUGCAUCCAGAGCUGGCAGGGGACUACAGCUUUCCCAGCCUCCCCGGAUCGCGCCCGACGCCCCGCGACCCCGUGCUGGAGCUGGUCAAGUCGCUCAUGCAGGUCCUUUCUCUGGACAAGAACAUCGCCCUCGAGGCCCGUCUGUUGCGCAGGGAGCUGCUGGCGCUGUUCGAUGUCCGGGAAUUCUCCAAGGAAGGGACGUUCGCGAACCCCUCGGAGAGCCUCAAGCUCGCGCAGCUGUCGUGCGACAGCUGCACAGUGACGCGUGACCUGGACCUUUGCCGGGACGAAGACCUCCAAGGAGGCGACGGCCGAGGCUGGCGCUGCCGCUUCUGCGAUAGCGAGUACGACCGCGUCGCCAUCGAAGAGAGGCUCGUGUCGGCGGCGGAGGCGUGGGCGGUGGAGUGGGCAACGCAGGAUCUCAAGUGUUGUCGAUGUGGCGCCCUGCGGGUCAACGACUUGAUGGAGCAUUGCACCUGCAGCGGCGAGUGGAAGGAGAUGGUAUCCCGGGGCGACAUUGUGCAGAAGCUGACGGUCAUGAAGAGGGUGGCCAAGUACUACGGGUUACGGAUGCUGGGCGAUGCUGUGGAGGGCCUCCUCGCAGACGUGUGA